AUGACCGUACCUGAUACCCACCAGGGAAAUGGCAUUGCGCCUACUCGCCCCAAGCGCAUCCUUCUUGUGAGCCUUCCUCGAACCGCAUCAAACCUCCUCCUGAAAAUCUUGAACAUCCCUGCUCAACCAAAUGUCACCACCAAUGAGAAAGGAGGCUAUUUCUUCUACCCGGCCUUUGUCGAUGUCGCUCGGAGUGGCUACACAGAGAUGCCACCUGAGAAAUGGACUGAAGUGCAAAAAGAAGAAGUCAGAGCUAUAUACCAGGACUGUUUCGACAAGCUUGAUAACUGUGCCGUCGAGGCCAACGAAGCAGGCAAGACGAUCUUCAUGAAAGAGCAUGCAUCCUGGUUGUUCUGUCCAGCUUCUUUCCAGAAAAUGGUGACUGGCGUACAUGAUGAGGAGUUCUUCAACGCAUUCCGUGUCAAGAUGCCUGAGAGUUUCGGCUCUCCGACAUACUCUCUGUCCAACGAGACCAUCUUCUCAGAUGAGUAUCUUCGCUCUUGGCAGAUGGUGUUUAUUAUCCGACACCCCGCUCUUGCCUGGCCAUCUUACUGGCGAGCAAUGUUGAAGUUCUCUCAGGAAGGAAUCCUUGAUAAUAUUGGUCUGCAGAGAACAACUGUGACUAGUAUGGCUAUGCGUUGGCCCAGAGUGUUGUAUGACUGGUAUAUGGAGCAAGGUACCGGGGUUGUGCCACCUCCUAUUUUGGAUGCAUACGACCUCAUUAACAACCGGGACGCCGUGGCUGAGUUUUGCGAGAAAAUCGGGCUAGAUCCCAAUGUCCUGCAGUUUGAGUGGGAUGCACAGCAGAAUUCUCAAAAUUGGGCAUCUGAUAAAGCCAAGGCCAGUGCCGGCAAUGAUGUGGAAGGCGGACACAUUCGCGCCGCAAAUAUUAUGCUCAGCACAUUGACGCACUCUUCGGGUGUUGUUAAGGAUAAGACGCCCAUGAAUGUUGACAUUGACGCCGAGUUGGUUAAGUGGAAGGCUGAGUUUGGGGAUGAGAUUGCAAAGUCAAUUGAGACUUCUGUGGCGGAGUCGAUGCCAGACUACGAAUAUUUGAAAGCCCGGCGGUUAUUGGUCUGA